GCCUGGAAAUCGGAUCGCUCCGCUCUACUAUCUAGUCCUCACCCCCCUCCCUCGCUCAGCUAGAAGGCUGCCGGGUCGUUUCACGGACUUCCAGUGUAGAGCGCGACACGCGAGUCGAGAGCUGAGUCGAGUACGCCUCAACCUCACCUCACCUGGGACCAUGGACCCGUGGACCGCCGCCUUCUCGCUGCUUCUUGCCGGGUUCUUCUUCCUGUCCUCCGCCACGCUCACUCACUUCGACUCGGAGUGUUACACGGCCAACGGGGAGGACUACAGGGGCUUGCAGAAGCAGACCAGUUUGCACUCAGGGAAGCCUUGCCUCUUCUGGAACGAGACCUUCCAGCACCCCUACAACACGCUCAAGUACCCCAACGGCGAAGGCGGCUUGGGGAGCCACAACUACUGCAGGAACCCCGACGGGGACGUCCAGCCGUGGUGCUAUAUUGCAGACCAUGAAGACGGAAUCUACUGGCGGUACUGCGACAUCCCAACAUGUCAGAUGCCGGGGAACCUGGGCUGCUUCCGAGAUAGCGGGGACCCCCCCACCUUGUCCGGGCCCACCGAGACCUCCAACAAGCUAACUAUCCAGACCUGCAUCAGCUUCUGCAGGAAGCAGAGAUACAAGCUGGCAGGCAUGGAGUCGGGGUACGCUUGUUUUUGCGGCAACGAAGUGGACCUUGAUUACCACGGCGAAGCUCCCAGCAAGGAGUGUAACCACGUUUGUUUCGGCGACCACACGCAGCCGUGUGGAGGAGACGGCUGGGUCAUCAUCUUCGACACUCGGGUGGGUUCCUGUGGAGGGAAUUACUCUUCCCCAUCCGGAGUCAUCUACUCCCCGGACUUUCCAGACAAAUACGGAGCUGGUCGCGUUUGCUACUGGACGGUGCAGGUGCCUGGAUCCUCUGCCAUCCUCUUCAACUUCACCUUCUUCGACAUCACAGAUCAGACGGAUAUGGUGGAGCUGCUGAACGGUUACACCAAUGAGGUGGUGGCUCGCUUCGACUGGCGUAGCCCGCCCCGCCAGCUGGUCAAUGUCACCGGAGACUUUGUCAUACUCUACUUCUACUCGGACCGUACCAACCAGGCGCAAGGGUUUGCGCUGAUCUACCAAGCACUGAGAAGCCACGAGGACGGGGAGGCCGCGGAGGAUGAGAAUGAGGGCUUCUCCAGCACGGUGGAACCUCAGCCAGCCCCCGGCGUCACCGACGGUGCCAAUGUAACAGCCAAAGGACGCUCAUCCUCGUCCUCACAGAUCCUCUACGUGAUCACGUCCAGCCCUGGCAAACCGGAGCACAGAAUGCCAGGUCAGUGGGCUGGACCUGGACAGACCACCGGACACAACGCUAUGUGGAGCAUCUACGCCCUGGCCGGCCUCCUCAUCCUCACCGUUGUCGCCAUGCUGGCCAAGCUGCUGCUGCACAUCACAGUCAAGUCCCCGGGAAUCCCCACAGUGAGCGGCCCGGACAACUGCAACCAGAACGUCUCGACAUCAUCAGAGCCGUGGAUUAUCCUGUAUCGGCCCUCCACCAUCUCCCUCUUCAAGAAGAAGCUCAAGAGCCACCACCACCAUCACGGAGACCUCAGCCCCCUGGUGGGCAACUAGUACUACCCUCCAACGGCUUCCUCUGAACUCCUUGGUUAGCGAGGUGCUAAGCUAACUAGCAGCUAAUGCGGGUAUCCUGGUGGCACCCCCUGGCUUGACGACGGGAGGAAGACACGUGGUGCCCCUUCCUGUUAGCAUAGCUUCUGCGCCAAGGUGGUGCUGCUUCUUCGUAACUCGGGCCUUGUUUGCAAAGGUUUUCGGGGUAACCAGUUGCCCUCGGAGAGGAUGAGUUGCUCACGGAUUGGAGCGGACGCGCCGAGGAUUGAGUGGAAGACUUAGCGUCACGUAGUGUUCAAGUGCCUUGUGGCAUAUCCCCUCCCUCUUCGAACACGUCUCAUACGUGACGAGGAUUUAUUUUUGUAAGCCUUUGUAAAUAGUCGUGACGAGGCGUUCAAUGACGAGUUCAUUUGUGUUCUUUGUCUUUACUGAACAUAUUGUUCAUAUUAGCUUUGAAAUGUGGGUGAGGGGUAAUGUAGUAUCGCAUGUACCAGAAUUCCGCAUGGUUGAUCAUUCUUUUGACACCAUAGGGAUAAAAGUAUUGGGACACCCCAGAAUCACGAUGAAUGGGAAUUAACUGAAAAAUCUCCUGAUCAUCAACUACCAAAGUCUCGUAAAAUUUUGGUUACACAUUUACAGUAUGUUUAGUAAAACACAUGACCAUUAAUAAUACAUAUCGGCAUGGUCUUAUAGCUGUGCCACAAGUGCAAACAUAGCCACAGAGAGCGCUCACCCUUAAACGCCCCACCUCAAAUAAACAUAGUAAACAGUAUGAUUAAUAAAACAUGCGACAAUCAGUAAUAAACCUCAGUCUGGUCUAUAGGUCGCACAACAAGUGAAAUUUUUACUUGCGUUAAUCUGAGCGCUCACACUUGAAUGCCCCACCACAAAUAAAAAUAUUUUCUGAACAAAAACUCUAAAUAUAAACAAAGAAACUAUCUAUCCAUCCAUUUACUGAGCCGCUUCUCCUCACUAGGGUCGCGGGCGUGCUGGAGCCUAUCCCAGCUAUCAUCGGGCAGGAGGCGGGGUACACCCUGAACUGGUUGCCAGACAAUCGCAGGGUACAUAUAAACAAACAACCAUUCGCACACACAUUCACACCUACGGGCAAUUUAGAGUCUUCAAAUAACCUACCAUGCAUGUUUUUGGGAUGUGGGAGGAAACCGGAGUGCCCAGAGAAAACCCACGCAGGCACGGGGAGAACAUGCAAACUCCACACAGGCGAGGCCGGGAUUUGAACACUGGUCCUCAGAACUGUGAGGCAGAUGCUCUAACCAGUCGUCCGCCGUGCCGCCCAAAUAAACUAUGUAUAUAUCCAUCCAUCCAUCCAUUUUCUGAGCCGCUUCUCCUCACUAGGGUCGCGGGCGUGCUGGAGCCUAUCCCAGCUGUCAUCGGGCAGGAGGCGGGGUACACCCUGAACUGGUUGCCAGCCAAUCGCAGGGCACAUAGAAACUAACAACCAUUCGCACUCACAGUCAUGCCUAUGGGCAAUUUAGAGUCUCCAAUUAAUGCAUGUUUUUGGGAUGUGGGAGGAAACCGGAGUGCCCGGAGAAAACCCACGCAGGCACGGGGAGAACAUGCAAACUCCACACAGGCGAGGCCGGGAUUUGAACACUGGUCCUCAGAACUGUGAGGCAGAUGCUCUAACCAGUCGUCCGCCGUGCCGCCCAAAUAAACUAUGUAUAUAUGAUAACAAGUAAUAAUGAGUUAAAGUAUGUUUAAAAAAACGUGGCCAUCAAAAGUAAAUAUCGGUAGCAAGUACAAACUUAGCGCACUCACAACUAAAUGCCUUGUCACAAAUAAACACCUCCUUUUGUUCCCCUCUGGAAAACAAAAUAUUGGUAAAUAAACAAAGUAUAUUUAAUAAAGCAUAAAACAGCAAACUGGACUCAAACUUAGCCACAGUGCUAGCACUUGAAUACCUUACCUCAAAUAAACGCUGUCAACUGUGUUUAAUGAAACACAUGGUAAUACACAUCAGUGUGGUCUUCAGGCCGUGCCCCAAGUGAAAACUUGAAUUAAAGUAGCCACAGCGUUUGCACUUAAAUGCCUCACCUCAAAUAAACGUCAUCAACUGUAUGUUUAAUAAAACAUUUCACAAAUAGUAAUAUACAUCAAGUGCAAAAUGCACGAGCUCAACACAUUGCCCUAAAAUUACCAGAAAUUCUGUAAGCCUCGUCCCAGUACGUUUCUCCAGAAAGUGUGCGUCUCUUCUUUUCAAUGUCGACAAAGCAAAUCCCAUCAAAACAUACUUGACAGUCAGAAUAUAUUAAACCAGAUGCACUUGCAUUCAAAGAGAAACUUUCAAAAGCUAAAAAAAAGUACUUAUAACAACCUGAGCACUUGCACACAAAAAGUAGAAGAAGAAGAAUCACCUUUAUUGUCAUGAACAUGCAUGUGCCAACGUGACAGAUUAAAGCCCAAAUAUAAAGUCAAAAAACAUAACGCCUCACCAUAAAUAAAUUCCACCCACCAGAAAAAAAAUUAAAUCUUUUGUGGGGGUUACUAAAAAUAUACACUGUAUUUAAUAUAAAAUAUAACAAGUAGCUCUAGCCCUCAUCAGCACAGUAUUACAGCCGUGCAGCAAAUGCAAAUGUGACUUAGCCAGAGCACUCAAACUUAAAUACCUGACCUCAAAUAGGUGUCAUAUUUUUUUCCCUCAGGAAAGAAAUUGCUACUUUUCUUAUUGGUGAAUAAAAAUAUAGUUUAGUAAAACAUACAAUGAAUUUUAAACAUCAAUACAGCAAGUGCGAACUUAACUUAGCCAGAGCACUCAAAAUUAACUCAUUUGCUGCCAGCCCUCCCAGUUAACAUGGAUAUUUAACUUCUAAAGCAGUCAAUGGCAGUGAAUUUAAAUGCCACAUUCACAAUAUGAUAGCCCAAACUACAAAUAAUAAUGUGUACAUAGCAGAAAUAGUGAGAUUUAUAAUUUAUACAGUAAAUUAUUGUUUAUUUUCUAUGUGAACGGGAACUAUCUUUUGUAUAAAAAAGAGAAAGGGGUAAAAAGUGAAGUAGCUGUUUGGUUUUAUUUAAUGUGUCCUCGUUGCAAAAAUAAAAACUGCAUGUUUCCUAAUGA